UCGAAAAAGAAGGGGGGAUAAAGUGUGAGAGAAAUGCACCAUGCUGCUAAAGGCAGAUUUUUUCCAGUGAAAGGAGGGGAAGAGGGAGGGAUCGUGAAUCAUUUACCGAGAAAUGAAACCACACGCCCAGGAGGAAACUUCUCCCGACCCUGACUUUGACUGGACACACAGACAUCUCGGCAGACAUGGCCUCAGCCAGCAGCCUCCCAUGUGAAGAGCAGCUCCAGUGCUCAAUCUGUCUGCAUAUGUUCUCCGAGCCUGUGUCCACUCCAUGUGGACACAACUACUGCAAGACUUGCAUCACAGAGUACUGGGACAGCAGGGACGUGGCACAGUGUCCACUCUGUAAGAAGAAGUUUCCAAAGAGACCGCAGCUUCAGGUCAACACAGGAUUCAGAGAUAUGGUGGAGCAUUUCAGCAGCAUGUGGGUGAGGACUGAAGAUGACCUCCCCGCCAAACCAGGGGACGUGUCCUGUGAUGUCUGUCUUGUGCCAAAGCUCAGGGCACAGAAGACGUGCCUGGGCUGCUUGGUCUCGUACUGCCAGUCUCACCUGGAGCAGCACCAGAGAGUCCCAACUUUCAAGAAGCACCAGCUGAUCGACCCUGUGUCAAACUUGGAGGACAGGGUGUGUAAAAAGCAUGACAAGAUGUUUGAGUACUUCUGUCACAUGGAUCAGACAUGCGUGUGUUUCAUGUGCCUGAAAGACGACCAUGCAGUGCAUGAAACCGUCCCGUUAGAGCAUGCGUUCAGAGAGAGGAAGGCCUGGCUGCUCCACGUGAUGUCAGAGAUAAAAAUGACGGAAAACAGUAAGUCCAGGAGUAUUAAGGAAAUCAAAGAUUCAACUGAACAGAGCAAGAAAGACUUCGAGAGAGCGAUAGCAGACAUAGCUGAAAUUUUCACCGCUCUGGUGGUUUUUCUGCAAAGAAGCCAGGCUGAGCUGAUUGAGCUGAUCCAGGAGAAGCAGAAGGCAGCAGAGAAGCAGGCCGACGAAUAUGUGACGCAACUGCAGAAAGAAGUCGCUGAGCUGAAGAGGAGAAGUUCUGAAAUGAAGCAGCUUUUACAAACAGAGGACCACCUGCGCCUCCUGCAGAGCCCUCCGUCUGUCUACACGGCGGACCUGUUCGACCCUCUGUCCGACUCCGCCCCUGCUUUUGCACGAGAUCCCUCUGACAUCGGUCGACAGGCUUAUGUGGGGAUGGUGAAAAAAGCAGUGGCUCAGAUGGAAAACACGCUCCGUAAUGAGAUGGAGAUGCUGAUGCACGAGGUCAGGUUGUCUGAUGGCUGUAAGGCCGCUGCUGAUAGACUGAUGACAGAUGAGUUUAUUAAAGAAGUGUGGAACGCUCCUCAGGACAGGCUGAUGAUGAUCCAGCAGUGCGACGCCGUGGAUGUGACUAUGGACCCCUACACGGCCAAUUCCAGGCUCAUGGUGUCUGAAGAUGGCAAACAACUGAGAUAUUACAAUGGCCGAUUGUCGUUAACAGCUUUAUUUGGGAGGAGAUUUUUAUAUCACCAGUUUGUCCUUGGGAAUGAGGGUUUUUCCUCAGGCAGAUUCUACUAUGAGGUUCAAAUCAGUGGGUGCAAACACUGUGUAUUGGGUGUGGUCAAAGAGUCCCUUGACAGGGAGAUGCUUGGCGUCCCCACCUCUGAGGAUGGAGCCUGGACAUUUUUUACAAUGAAUGACCAAUAUUUUGGCAGUUUUGUAGACCAUCCCCUGAACCUGAGGCAAAGGCCCCAGACAGUUGGUGUAUUUGUCGAUUAUGAGAAGGGGGAGGUCUCCUUCUACGACGUGGAUGCCAGGACUCUGAUCUACUCCUACAGAGGAUGUACCUUUAGCGAAACCACACCUACACUAAAAGCUUUUCUUUUGUCUAUGGCUGGCACUCCGUUAAGCAGCAGACCAAAGCUCUACCCUGUUUUUGGUCUCUAUGAAUCUGACUCUAACGAUGUGCUUGUAAUCACUCCUGUGGCCACUUAAGGGAAUCUUGGCAUGUAACUUCUGCCGAAAAGUUUUUUCAUUUCAGAAUUCAGUUUUGUUUUUAGUAUUUGAGCACAUGCAUUAUUGGAACGGAUAGCAGCGAACAAGAUAAAAGACAUUAAAAUCAUACAUGUAAUUCUUUGCUUUCUAUUUUUCCAGCCAACAAAAAAUACAAGUCAGAUUUGAACUGAGCAAAGCAGAUCACUUACCUGACAGUGACGAGGUUUGUUUCAAAUCAUGCUGCAAUACCAGUAUCUCACCAGGAGAUGGCACCAUUGUUUAACGUCUGGUCUGUUUGUCUGUCAGAGAGCGGACAGAAGCGUCACAGGACUCCAGUUUUAUCUAGUUUCAGUUUUAUUUUGAUAACGUGUCAUUUUUAAUGCAAAAAUUCUCUGCUCCUGGCUUUGCAAAUGUGAAUGUUGUUUUUUUGUUAUGUUUUUUUCUUAUGCACACUAAAUAUCUUUAGAUUUUGAAGUGUUGGUUGAACCAAACAAGCAGCUUAAGUUGGUUGAUUUGGACAUUUUUUUGAUGUUUACUGUCAUUUUAUAGACCAAAUAAUUAAAUGUAAAUAAUAAUAAUAAUAAAUAAAAAACAGAUUCAUCGAUCAUGAAACACUGGGCUCCAGAUUUGCAGUUGAAAACAUCUGUUUUUUUUUUAUGCUGAGUAUCAAUAACCUUCUUCAUCAAUUUUACUUUCACUUAUUUAGCAUAAGUUGUGAGCAUUUUAUGUUAUGAUCACUUUGUGUGAAGCCCAUCAACUCCAGGGUCCACACACUCUUUCUGAGGCAGGCCUUUGUCAGUCUAUUUGACAUACUUGGGCAAAAUCAUCCUGACAAAUGAGCUUCAUAAGCAGGUCUUUGUUCUGCACUUAAUUAUGCAAAUGAUAUGUCUAAAACUGCUUAAUAAAAGUGCAUUUAUUAAAAAACGG